AUGAGUGGCUGGUCAAACGAAGAGAGUUUAUCGUUUUUGGAAUAUUACCAGACCGAAACGUGUAUCUGGAACCCCAAAGAUGUUAACCACAAAGAUAAAAAGAAAGUUGCAGAUGCUUGGAGUCGUCUUGCCCAGUUAAUGGGAAAGCCAGUAAAGGAAUUAAAAUCCAAAAAAGAAAUAUUGAUGACAACUUUCCGAAAGCAUUUAAAAAAAAAACAGGAUUUUACUCUUUCUGGCGCAGGUGGUGAAGACAUAUAUAAACCAACUUGGUUUGCUUACGAAAUGAUGGAGUCUUUUUUACUACCAGUAUAUACUUGCAUUGAUGGAAUAAAUACCGAAACUCAAUCACAACAAAAUGUUGUACAUGAAGAAAGGGAAGAGACAGAGGAUGACCAUACCGAUACAAUCACUACACCAUCCCGACCAUCGACAUCUACUAAUAAACGUCGUCGCCCUAUUACUGAAACGGCUGAAAAGCAAAUGGCCACAGCAUUCGAACAACUUACAAAUGAUAUAAGACAAAGGCGAAGUGAAUGUAGACCAGCUCACGAAGACGAUGAUUGCGAUUUAUACGCAAAGCUAUUAGCUAUAAAGCUACGCGAACUGCCAAAUGAACGAAAACUUAUUAUGUACCAAAUAGACGGGUUGUUUAUAAGCAGAAUCAACCAAAGGUCAUACGAACGUCAUACAACAUCCCCUCAAUAUUAUUCUAGACCUUCAUCAAUGGCCACCAUAUAUGAACAACAUACGCCAUCUACUCAAUUCCAAGACAUUCCGAGUCGGCCAACAUCAGUUAAUACCAUUUAUUCUGAACCUAUCCCAAACACUCAAAGAUUUUUUCCAUCCACGCAAACCUCUCAUUCAGAGCCCUUCUCAAACAUAAUAAUUGAACAUCGAUCACGUCCAACUGCUCGAUCUCCUUCAGAAGCACCCUCGCAACUUAUUAAUAUCAUAUCGGACCAAAUCAUCCAGCCUGCGCCGCCGGAACGCAACAUUAUAAACGAGGCUUUACUGAAAACUUUCGAAGAUUUUCAGUCAUCGGGAUAG